AUGGAUGUGAAGAAAAUUGUGGUUGUUGUAGAAGAUGUGGAUGCAGCAAGAACUGCUCUACAAUGGGCUCUUAGAAACAUCAUUCGCUAUGGUGACAUAAUCACCCUUCUCCAUGUCUACCACUCCACAAGAUCAAGAAGCAGAAGCAAAGCUCGUGUUCUUCGCCUCCAUGGCUUCAAAUUGGCCCUUUCCUUUCAAGAUAUGUGCAAUAAUUAUCCCAACACAAAGGUGGAAAUUAUUGUCACGGAAGGAGACCAGCAAGGAAGCAAGAUCGCUGCCAUGGUGCGAGAGAUUGGUGCUUCCCUGCUUGUGGUUGGACUCCAUGAUUGCAGUUUUCUAUACAAAUUGAGAAUGAGUGAUUCCCACAACAGCAUAGCCAGCAUUUUCAACUGCAGAGUACUUGCCAUCAAACAGCCUCGUGCUUGGGCAGUGAGGCCCAUGAUUUCUGCAGUAUCAGUGCUAGACACUUCCACCAACCUGGAUUUUUCACUAAUUGAUGUUUCUAGAUCCCAAGUCGCUGGUACCCCUCCACCAAAGAUUCCAUACAGAAUCUGUCCUAACCCUUCAGCAAUUAUUUGGAGAUCAAGGAAGUGUCGGAGAUGGUGA